UCCUAAACGCUAACGUUACGGAGAGGAGAUACCUUUACUCGAGAGUGAGCCUUACCGGGUCGGCGGCGAGCAUUAUGAUUACACGGUUGUAAUAAGCAAAUAAGUUAGGAAAAGCGACGACGUAAUUCGUGGAAUAAUGAUACGAACUUUCGGUGCUGGAUCUGUGUGCGCGCGCUUACUGACACAAGGAUCAAAGUAUGCAACGUGCAGAGCUGCACACCACAGCGGCUCAUUUGAUGUGGCUGUUAUUGGUGGAGGGAUUGUUGGACUGGCCUCUGCCAGAGAGCUGAUCCUCAGGCACCCAAACAUCACCUUUACCCUGCUGGAGAAAGAAAAGGAGCUUUCUCUCCAUCAGACAGGUCACAACAGCGGUGUGAUCCACUCUGGGAUAUACUACACACCAGGCUCUCUGAAGGCUCGGCUUUGUGUUCGUGGAGCCAUGCUAACAUAUCAGUACUGCCAGAAGAAAGGUGUGCCUUAUAAGAAAUGUGGCAAGCUUAUCGUAGCAGUGGAGAGAGAGGAGAUCCCCCGUCUGAAAGCUCUAUAUGAACGCGGUCAGGUGAACAAUGUACAAGAUCUCCGUCUGAUUGACGCCAAGGCCAUCCGAGAGAAAGAGCCGUACUGCAGGGGCAUCAUGGCAUUAGACUCUCCUAACACAGGAAUAGUUGACUGGCGGUUAGUAGCUCUGACCUACGGGAAGGACUUCCAGGAAGCAGGUGGCACCGUGAUAACUGACUUUGAAGCAUCUGACAUUAAGGUGGCGGCAGAAAGCCCAGCUGGGAGUGCCGAAGGGCUGAAAUAUCCCAUCGUCAUCAAAAGCUCACAGGGGAUGGAGGUGAGGUGUCGGUUUGUGUUGACCUGCGGAGGCCUUUACUCUGAUCGGCUGUCUGAGAUAUCUGGCUGCAGUCCAGAGCCCCGUGUUGUUCCCUUCAGAGGAGAUUACCUGGUGCUUAAACCAGAGAAAAACUACCUGGUCAGGGGCAACAUUUACCCUGUGCCAAACCCACGGUUCCCAUUUCUUGGAUUCCAUUUCACUCCUCGUAUGGACGGUAGUAUCUGGCUUGGCCCAAACGCUGUGUUGGCUUUUAAACGAGAGGGCUAUAAACUCUUUGACUUCGACACGCAAGACUUUGUUAAUGCAGUCUCAUACAGGGGUCUGCAGAGGCUGGUAAUGAAGAACAUUGUGUAUGGAAUGGGAGAAAUAUAUAGAGGUGUGUUUACAAGUGCUCAGGUAAAGAACCUGCAGAAGUUCAUACCUGAACUGAGCCCCAGCGAUGUCCUCAGGGGACCUUCGGGUGUGCGCGCGCAGGCUUUGGAUGCUGAAGGAAACCUGGUGGAUGAUUUCGUGUUUGACAGUGGGAAGGGAGAGCUGGGCAGCCGGAUUCUGCAUGUGCGCAACGCCCCGUCACCCGCUGCGAGCUCCUCCCUGGCCAUCGCUGAAAUGAUCGCUGAUGAACUGGAGAAAAGAUUUCAACUGUAGACGUACCUCAGACGAUGCUGCCAUAACCUUUCUCACUCUAGUGCUUCAAUUCAGAAGAUGAAAUAAUUAUGUAAUAAGUUUUACUUUUAUACUGCUGAGGGACAGUAAUAAUGUAAAGAGAUUUCUGGUGCUCCUUUCUAAUGUAUAUUCUGAAAAUUGUGCAGAUUUAAGGGAAUGUUGGGUAACUGUUGCUAUGUCUUUGUAAACCUGGUGAUUUAUGAGGAAAAAUAACUGCCUUAAAAACAUAAAAAAGGCAGUUGCUUCUUAAGAGAAUGCAUUCACUCCAUACCUGCAUUUAUAAAAAUAAAGCAUGACAAUUUUU